GUCUCCCAACUUUCGAUUCGACCCGCCCGCAAAUGCGAUCUACUCCCUUUCACUUUAAAUCUAACCUUUUCUCAACCGUCCGAUCAAAAUAAAAGAAAAGAAAAAGAAAAAGAUCGCCUGCUCUCAUCUUCCAACCUCGUCUACCUCUGCAGACUGCAGUGAGAGCGAGUGAAAGAAGCAGAGCAACGAACAUCCAACAGCUUCUCAUCUACCUUCUCUUCCCUUUCGUUGGAGAAAACGCAUCCGAAUUUCGAGGCGGAAGCGAUCUCAUUUUCGCUGCAGACAUCACUCCAUUCCCAAUUCCUUUCUUCUCUUCUACUUUUUCCACUCUCUCUUCUCUCCUUUUCCUCUCCGGAGAAGAAAACGCCAUUUCCACUUCGUCACGAGAAAAAUCCGCAUACGGCGAAUAUCUUAUUGCCCCGGCAGGAGAAUCCACAGCAAUGUGAAUCAUAUCAGAAUGUGAAGUUUGAUGAGAAAUGCAUCUGUCAAGUGUCAAGGAUGUGGCAGCAGACAUGAAGUGGCUUGAGAUGACUGCUUUUGUCAUUGGCAAGCUGUGGCUGGAAAAGAACCUUGUUUGAGCUGUAUCACAGUUGCUGCCUAAUAUCAUGCCAUCGAAGAUACAGGCAAAUGAUGCUGAAAACUCAGGCAACAUCAGAAUGGGAAAUUAUGCUGAAGUUAAGACAAGCUCAAAGCAUCAAACCUCAAAAUCAUUCAAGGAAAAGACUCUUUCUCCAAGAGCAAGUAGAAGCUUAAAGCUGCAUGACAAGGACGGUGCCGCUUUGAGGCCUGUCGAUCGGCCGUAUAUGGAUCGAUGUUCUGGAAUUAUAGAGAAUAUAGGUGAGCGGCAUUCAGCUCUACUGAAAUCUUCAGGGAAUUGCCAAAAACAAAGUCUCGUGAUGAAGACUAUUGAAGAUGAAGAGGUUGUCAAGUACAUGUCGAAUCUCCCAGGUUAUCUUCAACGUUCGGAGAAAGCAGACAACAUCCAGGAGAAGGCUUUGAACUUUGGUGUUCUUGACUGGGGGCGUCUUGAAAGAUGGAAGUAUGACCAAAAGCGAGUUUCUGGCAGAAGAAAUGUGCAUUCCACAUCCAGUAGUGAUACCUCAUCACCGUUCUCGACUUUUGGAUCGUCUACUCAAUCGGGUCAAAGUGAGAGUGGCUCUAGCUCUCUCAUUCAAAGGAAACAAUCUCCUUCCCUGAGCAGCAACCAUCUGAAAUUGUCAGCGAAAGAAGGCCAUUCUCGGGUAUCAGAUGGAAAGCGUACCAAACAUGAUGCAGCUAUUCAUGAUUUGAAAUCAGACCCAAAAACAGAUGUGUCUGUUGGUAGGGAUCUACCGGGGUUAAGGGCCGAAAAGGGUAACAGAAAAGAAUCGGGUUCGAAGAUUGUUACGUCGAAUUUGAAGAGCUAUGAUACUUCUUCAGCUUGCACAAAAGGAAAAACAAAGACCCAACAAGGCGAAUUCAAAAGGAGAGAGCAGUUCCAAGAAGUGGCCUUUCAAGUUCCUGAUGAAGGCAAUCCCAAUGCCUACGGUUUCCUUCCAGUCGAUUGGUCAGGGUUACCCCAGCAUUCUGAUGGUGCAGCCUCCCAUGUUCAGGAGAGAAAACCUGAGAACAGCCUGAGGUUUGAGUCCACGGCAUUCGAUUAUGAACAGCUGACAGAAGUAAAUCGCAUGAGCUUUUCAGAAGACUUCCAUUUUCAGUUCGCUGGUCUGUCUCCGGGUGUUCCGCAUUCGUGCCCAUUCCCUUGUAGUUCUCAAGCCACCGAAUGGUCAGACAGCAGAUCAGGUAGUCCUUUUGACGUGCCAAGCACAAAAAUUCCGUCAGACAGACGUCGCUCAUUCACAGAUUCAGGUGAAACACCUCCCUUUGGAUAUGGAACUAAAAAUGUAGAAGAGAAUGAGUCUACCACCAAGCCUGUGAAUCUAUCUGUAGUUAUAUCCUAUGAUGCAUUGAGUUUAGAAGCAAAGGCAUCCAAGGAAGCGGUAAGAGAUCCAUCACCCACUCGUCUUUCAAAUGUGGGUUUGAGUAGGAUGAACAGAAGUUUCAGUUCUAAAGAGGCUUUGACACGGCAAGUGAAUUCUGCAUCAUCCGCUGCUAAAUCUGGUUCAGCAAAUUCAAGUAGAGAGAAAGGAAAUGCUAGCAGCAGAGCCAAGUCUAGCCCAUUGAGAAGGCUGCUUGAUCCUCUAUUGAAGCCCAAGGCAUCGAACGGUGUUCAUUUUGCUGGCCUGCUUUCAGUCCCACCUGCUCACCAUGCACAUGAAGCACCCACAUCUACACAUGGAGCCUGCAAGCCAUCUAAUGCAGGGUUGAAUUCCUCAACUGGCCCACUCGCGAAGAGAAGCAUAAAUUUCUCAAAUUGGGUGCCAGCUGAUGCCCAUGGCCCGCUUCAAGAUGAGAAACGUUCACCAUCAACCAUGCAUGCUCUCCUGCAACUUGCUUGUAAAAAUGGGCUGCCUUUAUUUACAUUCACAUUCAACGACAGCGACAUUCUUGCAGCCACAAAGAAGAAGAUAUGCACUGGGAAGGAUGAUUUUGAAUGGAUUUACACGUUGUACUCUGUUCAUGAAGUUAAGAAGAAAAGUGGCGGAUGGAUGGGCCAAGGAAGUAAGGAUAAACGACAUGGGUAUGUCUCGAAUGUUGUUGGUCAGAUGAAGGUUUCAGACUCUCGAUAUCCAAAGUCAACCUCUGAUGGUUCUGAGGAUCAUGUCAAGGUGAGAGAGUUCGUUUUAUUAGGUGCCGAACUGAGAGAGGCAGCUCAUGAGAAUCUUGAUUUUCUACCUAACAGCGAGCUUGUGGCCAUUAUCAUCGAGGCCCCGAAUGAGAGGGACAAAAGCUUUGAUGGUGAUGAAAGAAGUGAUAAUUCUAGAGAUCAAUCAGAGGUGGGGCUAGGCGAUUUUUUGCCACAAGAGAGAUACUCUUGCUACCAAGCUGAAAAUCUACAGACGGGGGGAAAGUUAGAAAGUCAAAGACAUUCUAGCAUUGUGGUCAUACUCCCAAAUGGGGUUCACGGGCUGCCAGCUAAAGGAGAGCCAUCACCUCUGAUCAAUCGAUGGAAAUCAGGCGGGUCAUGCGACUGUGGAGGUUGGGAUGUGGGCUGCACACUAACGAUUCUCGGCGACCAGGAUCGACGAAGGAAGAGCCUAAGCUCACCUGAAGCUUGUUACUUGUGUGAUGAUGCUGACCAAGUUGAUCUUUUCAUUCAGGGCGGAGCUCAGGAAAACAGGCAUGUCUUCAGCUUAGCAGCUUUCAAGGAGGGGCUAUACACGGUCGAAUUCAACGCGUCGAUCUCAUUGUUACAAGCUUUCUCCAUUUGCAUCGCGAUCAUAGAUGGUAGAAAUCCCAACAAUCCCACCCAAGUGCAUAGCUUUCUGGAUGAAAAGACUUCCCAAGAGCCCAGAUCAGCAGAAGAUAAUAGAAUAAAGAGAACACUGGUGGAAGCUCCAGCAAGUUAUGUCCCAUUCCCACCUCUAUCUCCUGUUGGGAGGGUCUAGUUCUUUCGAGGCAUAUAGCAAGCUGUCUUAUAGUGGGCCUGGUAUGAUCAUCAGUCACUAAUUGCCAAAGCAACAAGAUCUAGCCAUUCCUCGUUGAGGCCCCUGCAAUGAAUGUGCCUCAGCCCAAAAUCAAUCCAGUCCACCAUCAGUUGGGUCCACUUCAACAUAGAAGUGGAUGAUUACAAAACGUAUGGCCAGUGGUCCACAUUCAGAAUGCAUGUGCAGCCAUGUAGUGGCUGGAGUGGCCUGAUUUUUGGCCUAAGGCACAUUGGCUGCAAAGCUUGUCCUGGCAAAUGGCCCAAAUCUCUCACAUAUGCCAUGUAGGCACGAGUGAGGAUCUCAUGACAAGAGUACAGAUGAGAUGGCACCAUUCUAUUUUUGUAUAUGUAGAACAUACAGUGAUAGAAUCAACCAUGUAUGGAGCAAAUAAACUUUGUAUCCAAUAGUAGUAUGUGAUUAAUGAAGUGGAAAGAUCUACAGUUUCUUUUA